AUGACAAUUUCUCGUAAUAAUUCUCAAACAAUUCUUUUCUCUAUUUCUAGAUGUGGAGAACGCAAUGAUGAAUCACGUAUUGUUGGCGGUACUACAACGGGCGUUAGUGAAUAUCCCUGGAUGGCACGCUUAAGUUAUUUCAAUCGUUUCUAUUGUGGUGGCACUCUCAUCAAUGAUCGUUAUGUUUUGACCGCGGCCCAUUGUGUUAAGGGUUUCAUGUGGUUUAUGAUCAAAGUGACAUUUGGAGAACAUGAUCGUUGUAAUGAUAAGGAAAGACCAGAGACUAGAUUUGUUUUGAGAGCUUUCACACAAAAGUUUAGUUUCUCCAAUUUUGAUAACGAUAUUGCUUUGUUGCGUUUGAAUGAUCGUGUGCCUAUUACAAGUUUUAUAAGACCUAUUUGUUUGCCCAGAGCGGAGGAGAGAAAUGAAUUGUUUGUGGGCACUAAGGGUAUUGCCACCGGCUGGGGUACAUUGAAGGAGGAUGGCAAACCUUCUUGUCUAUUACAAGAAGUGGAAGUACCCGUUUUGGAUAAUGAAACCUGUGUGGCUCAAACAAAUUAUACUCAGAAGAUGAUUACAAAGAAUAUGAUGUGUGCUGGCUAUCCGGGCAAGGGAGAACGUGACAGUUGCCAGGGAGACUCUGGUGGACCUCUUGUGCGUUUGCGACCUGACGAUAAACGUUAUGAACAAAUAGGUAUAGUGUCUUGGGGUAAUGGUUGUGCUAGACCCAAUUAUCCCGGUGUAUAUACCAGAGUUACGAAAUAUUUGGACUGGAUAGUAGCGAAUUCAAAAGAUGGCUGCUUUUGCGAUGAGGAUUUUUGAAGGAUAAUGGAAAAUAAUAACAUUUAAUAAGUAA